AUGUCGUCGACCAGCCACGCAAGCAGAACCAAACCCAAAACCAAACUCUGCAUAACCUGCCUCGAAGACCUACCAACAACCUCCUUCCCUCGAACCUCACCAACCAAACUCUGCCAACACAACCCGCAAAUCUGCCGCCCCUGCCUCAACACUUGGAUCACCACCUCCAUCACCACCCAAUACCGCACCCUCCUCCGCUGUCCCCACCCAGACUGCCUCGAAGAGAUCUGUCCCCGCGCAGACAUCAAAAAAGGCUCCUCACACCAGGUCCGGAUCUGGGAGAUUUCAGACCGGAUUUUCAAGGAUAAGAAUCCAGAUUGGCGGUGGUGUCUUAAUCCACUUUGCGACUCGGGGCAGAAGCAUGUGGCGCCGCAAACUGUUGGGGAGGGGUGGCCGGUGCCGUUGAAUUUGUUCACCUGCAAGGAAUGCAAGGCCUUGAGCUGUGCGACGUGUGAUGUGCCCUGGCAUGCUGGGAAGACGUGUGAGGAGUAUGCGAAGGGGACUAUGAGGAGGUUGGUGGAGGUGAGGUUUGACGAGAAGGUUAUUGAGGAGUUGAAGCGGGCUGGGAAGGUGAGAGAGUGUCCGGACUGUGGGUGUGUGAUCGAGAUGGAGGGCGCUGCUGGGGUGGUGAGGUGUGGGAGAUGUAUUUACAGCUUUGACUCGAGGAUUAUAUGA